AUGGCUUUUGCGAAUAGAUUGUCGUGUUACAUUUGUAACAGAGCAUAUGCUCCAAACCUUAUGGCCCGAAUUGAUGGAGAUGUUAAUGAUGAAAAAAGGUUAAUAGCUAUUGCUAGACGCGAAGAACUAAACAGACCAGCUUUAGUCGUAACAGAUCGUACAAGAUUGUGUAUCAAUUGCAAUCAGUCUGUCACAAAUGAAAUAAGAGAAUUAGAACAAAAUCCAUCAUGUUUGAGGCUUAAUGUUUUGACCCAAACGGCAAAUGGGAGUUGCUUAAUAUGCAACGGAGUUGUUAAUAUUCACAGACUUAGUCUUAAAUGUAGAAUAAAUGUCUUUCUUUCCCAGAACAUUUACAUACCAGCCAACGUUAAAUCUUGCGAUCACCAUUUAAACAAUUUAGGAUUACUUUUGCAGCCUUUGUUACAAGGUUUACGGUUUGUUAACAGGCCUUAUAGAAUAAAUAGACAAGAUUUUCAACCAUUUUUUGAGGGAGUACGCAAUGCUGCAGUAGAACGAGUAAGUUUCAUUGAUAUUGACUCUAUGUCAGAUGAGGAUUUUAGAGCAUGUUUUCCAGUUUCGAAAGAUCAUUUCGAAGAAUUGUACAAUUUUCGCGUACCUGUACCUCGUGAAAAUGGCCACAGAUAUGUCACAAGAAAGGACCUUUUAGCAUUCUUAUGCAAGAUGAGACAAGGACUACCUGAUAAGUUUUUGAAAGUAAUGUUCAAUUACCCAAGCAGACAAUCCGUAAGCCUGGCAAUUGCAACUGUCAGACAGUCCUUAAUGCUGCAAUUUGUUCCUCAAAACAUUGGUUUCCAUGCUAUAACACCGAAUCAAUAUAUCGAAGAACAUGUAACCGAAUUCGCAAAUGAAUUGUACAAUCCAGAUCCAAACAAUCCGAAAGUAAUAUCUGUAAUAGAUGGAACUUAUGUCUAUUGUGAAAAAAGCAGCAACUUUCGAACUUUAAGGCAGACGUUUUGUCUGCAUAAAGGCUCUUAUUUAGUUAAACCUGACAUGAUUGUAGCACCUAAUGGCUACAUAUUGACAAUUCAAGGUCCGUAUUUCUCAGAUGGCAGAAAUAAUGAUGCUGCCAUAUUAAGAAAUGAAUUUAAUAUUGACGGAGAAAGCAUGAGAGAAUGGUUCCCACGUGGUUUCAUCAUGAUUGUUGAUCGAGGCUACAGAGAUGUAACUCCAUUAUUGACGGAACUAGGAAUUGACUGGCGAAUGCCACCAUACAUACCCCAAGGACAAAAUCAGUUGUCAACAGAAGAAGCGAACGAGUCUCGCCUAAUAACGAAAAAUAGGUGGGUUGUUGAGAGUGUCAAUGGACAUAUGAAGACAGUUUUUAAAUUCUUGGCUCAAAAAAUAAGUAUCACUCAUUUACAUAACCUUCAACAUUUUUUACUUAUUUGUGGCGCUAUUCUAAACAGAUACUAUCAGCGAUUAGAAAUGGAAGGAGCAAAUGCACAGUUGGCAAGGCAAAUGCUACAAAAAUCAAGAGAGCCAAACAUUGUUCAAGCUUACGUGGAGCUUGAGGAACUGCACAGGAGAAAUGCAAGAAGAUGGAUCCUUUUGAAUGAUAACGAAGUUCCAGAUUUUCCACGAAUUACACUGGAAUAUUUAAAAGGUGUAACCUUUGGAGAAUAUCAAAUAGAAUUGUCUCCAGCAUACAUACAAGACAAACUCCAAAGAGAAAAUGAUCAAACCUUCCAGUUAGAAAUUCCACGUAACCAAGACAUUGUUCCUGGAUUGAUUAGAGUAAGAAUUCUUUCCAGAUUCAGAAAUGCAGGAAAGCAUCAGUUGUGGAUGAAAUAUAAAACACCGGUCCGAAGAAAUGAGGCUGAACCAAUUGAAGGGUAUUAUUGCACUUGCAGAUCAGGUGCACGCACCUUAGGAACAUGUGCACAUAUAACAAGUGUCUUGUGGUACCUAGGAUACGCUAGACACGAACAAAAUAUUAGAUACCCUUCAAUUGCGCUUCUUAACAUCAUAUUAGAUGCUGCUAAUAGGCCAAUCCCAGAAGACCUUAACCAAAUGCAGCAAGAUGAUUAA